AUGGCCACAUCCGGAAUGUCGCAGGUCGCAGCUCCUCCACCAAUGUCAGGGUACGCCGAGCCUGAGGGAAAAGCGUUGGAAACAUUUGACGUCAAAAUUGGUACGGAGAGUCCAAGCGACGACGACCCUCCAAUAGCCGAGGAAGAUCCGCCGGGCGAGAUGAAAAGCGCCAUAAAGGCUGCCCUAUUUAUUGCACCCAACCUGCUCUUGGGCUUUUGGGGUUCACCUUCCUUACCGGUUGGAUUUUGGGCUUCUUGUGCUUUGGACUUGGCUUGUGGUGGCUGUCUGGCCUUGGUCUGGUGCCUUUUGGACUUCACCCACCUUGUCCACCUGUCUCUCGGCCUGGUCCUACUGCUUCGCGUGCCCGUGUUCUGUCUGCCUACUUGCAUGAGCCGGGGGGCUUCCAGCGAGCCAGGGACCGUUGAGUUGAACCUGACACUGCCUGGUGGGGUCCGUGUUGCAAUCUUUGCACCGUCUUCCUCUGCCUCUUUGGCCACUCAGGUCUUCAACCACGUCGCUGCUUUCCAACCCGAGGGACCUGAACCUUCUGAGUUUGAGCUCAUCUCUGCUGGGCCUUCUUCUCCUGUUGGUUUGGCUUCCCGCUUGCGUGCCCCUGAAACUCGAGACCAGAUCCGUCGUUCCUUUGCCUCCUGCCCUUCUCGUCUCCUUGGACUUGGAGCAAGGCUCUGCGGUUCUUCCCUGUCUGGUCGUGCCCGAGUUGAGCGUGCCUGGUUGUGUGGCCAGUGGGCAGCUGCUGUCAAAGCCCAGCGAAUCCAUAGUCCUGACCGGACUCCUGCCAUCGACCUCAAGAGUCGCUUCUACGCGGUGUUGGGGGCCCCUGGACUUUCUCAGCCCACCAUCUUCCGCUCCUCUCGGGGUUACUGGGACUGCAUCGGCCAUCUUGAAGAUUCGCCGUCCAUCUCUCAGGCCUUCCCCAGUGAGGCUGAAGCGAAGAUCUACUUGGAAUCGGCAGUCUUGGCCACAGAAGAGGAUGGCGAGCCGGAAGUAGCAGCACUUGUGGUCGCAAAAAGAGAUGGUGGUUUUCUAGCAGCUGUUCCAGUCGGCUUCAUACCCGAUGAGGUUUUGGCAGCCGGCAAUGCAGAAAGCCCCAUUGGACUUGUGGGCCCAUCGACAGUGCUUCAGAUCCCCGGGGUGAUCAUCGAAGAUGGGCGUUUGGCCCCAACUGGAACCCUCCUGACGGUCGUUGUAGUCGAUCUGGGAGAGGACGCAGUUGCUGAGAUGAGGCGGCCAGAAGCCUUGGAAGUUUAUCCCUACAGCUUCGAUGCCGAUCAGCCUUUUGCAAUCCCCUCCCCUCAAGAACUAUUAGCUGCUGCUCGGGCGUGGGUAGCGGCAGAUGCAGAGAGUUCAGUGCAGCUCUACUUCUCAGCCGAGGGCGAGGCGGAGGAUCUUGCCGAUGGAACCCCAGAAGGAGAUCAAGAUGGACGGCCGUCAACACCCCGCCCGAAAAGAGGGGCGCGUCCUCCGCCUGGGCGAGAGAAGCCUUCCGGAGGAGGAAAGCGGCACACUGUGGCCUCUCUUGCCGCUUCAGUGGAGGAGCUCCUCAAGAUGAAUGCCGGCUUGGCUCAGACAGUGCAGACCAUUGCAGGGCGUCAGCAAGAAUUAGAGAGGAGGUCAGUUCAGCAGUUGCCUCAGAACCAGACCCCUCACACCGACGAGAAGAAGCCCAAAGACCAAGGUACCUCCUCCGACCCUUUGGCCCAGGCGGUACUUGCCCAGUCUCAGGCGCUGACGGCACUUGUGAGCCAGAUAGCCCAGCAAGGAGGAGAUCCAAUGUUGGAGCUGAACAGUGUUGGAGCAACAGCAGGAACACGUGGAGCUCAAGGCCGCGCCCGACUUCAGCAGGAGCUGGCUGCGCAGAAAGGCUCCUUCUUCCAGUCGGUCUUGGCGUCGAUGGCUCGGCGUAUGCAGCCGACAGCUUCGGCCGAGGGCUCACCUCAGGAGCUUCUAGACCGUGGAGUGUGUGGCACCAGGUAUUUAGAACGCUUUGGAGGCUUUGCCAAGGUCAGGGAAUUGGGAUGCCUGCAACAACAAGUGAUGUCCAUUAUGGAUUGCCUCCAGGCCUCGAACCUGCAAGCGGCCCGGGACCAGACGGCUUUGUUGGCGGUCACACUGGAUCAGGCGGCUUUGGAUCAGGGCCGUUUCGAGCUGGCAAACCUAUUGUGCUUGCAGGAGGAGCCUCCGUCGACGAUCUUCACGAGCCGUCAGACAAACGUGCUGAAUCGUCCACGGGCCUUCUCGCCUUUAGCGGAUCAACGAUGGGUGACAGUGGCUCUGGCGUAUAUAAAAGAAUUGGACGUGAUCACUUCGAAGAGGCUGGAACUUACAAACCAAUCUCGGCCAGGGACAUUCUCAGCGGCCUCCACUGGAAGCGACAGCACCCCAGCACCGAGUGCCAAAGCAAAGCAGCAGCCAAAGAAGAAGGGAAAGGGAGGCGGGUCACGCACAAAGCUUGCCUUCUGCCUCGCCCGUUCCUUUGCUGCCAAGUGUCGUUCUCCUCUGACGACUUCCACAGUCUUCCCUCUGCCCCUUCCGUCCUUGGACUGUUUUGGUGGUAGUGGCCCAAAUCUCUCCAAACGUCGCUUGUGGUCCCUUGCCAAAACUCGUUUGCUCAACGUCUGGGUUCUGGUUUUGGACUUUCUUUACCUUGGCCGUUGGCCCACCUUGGAAGAGAUGCGGAGGCCCCCCUCUGCCGUGCAGCUUGAUGUCUUUGCUCGGCUUCGGACUAUGUUGACUGUGUGUGGUGAUGCCCAGGACAGCUUCCCUCUGUGCCCCGGCAGAACCGGCCCUGAGCUUGGUGCUCAACUGUUUCAGCUUGAAGCUUUUUGCGAUCGUUGCCCUGACCUGCAUGAUGGUUAUCUUGCCUGUGACAGCCAGAAACUUCAUCUUGACAGGUCUCUUGUUCCCGUUUCAGAGCAUCCUGAACUGUUGCCGUAUCGUUCCUUGGACUCCUCCCGAAUCAAGCUGACAGGUGAAGGAAGAUGGCCCAUGGCUGAUUACCUGGAUGGUUGUUUGUGGUUGCCUUUCCAAGAGCCCUCCUUUCUCAUGCAUGGCCUGCCAAUUUCCCAUGAAGCUGUUCCCAACUUUCGUGCGGAAAAGCCGGAUGAGUGCCUUAAGCUUGCCUUGCUGUGGGAUGCACGUGGUUUGCUUUUUCUGUCUGAGGCUCCGGUUCAGCCAGGGUACUUUUCAAGGGUUUUCAAUGCCUACAAGAAUCCUGAAAAAGACCGCCAGAUUGGGGACAGGCGCUUGCCAAAUGCCUCUGAGUAUCAUGUGGAUGGCCCUUCCAAGUUCUUGCCUCAAGGCCAGCAGCUGACGCUGUUGAAGUUGCCGAGGUUUACCCACUGCCUGCGUGGUUCUGUCACAGACCGGCGUGACUUUUACCACCAAAGUGCUGUGACCAGAGAGCGUGCUCGCACCAACAUGCUGCCUUUUAGCUAUGUUGCUGAAGCCUUCCAUGACACAGCAGCCUGGGAGAGUUUCAUGUCUGGUUUGCCUGUUGGACCUCGACGACGUGAGCUUGUAGGCGACAACCUGAAAGGAAAGCCUGUCCCGAAGACCUGUCUUGUGCCUGAGCGUCUCUUUCCCUGCUUCAAGUCCUUGUUUCAAGGUGACCACUUGGGCGUUGAGUUUGCACUUAGGAGCCAUGAAGUCCUUCUUCAACAACAUGGACUUUUGGAUCAUCACACCAGGGUUGAGGGCCAUAGGAAUUUUCCUGCAGGUAGCCGAUGGGAUGCUUUGGUCAUUGAUGACUAUUUUUGCCUUGGCUCAGAGCGCCUGAAUGCACCCGCCAGUAGCAGUUUUGCAUCCGAGAGCCUCCAGCGUGCCCACCAAGCUUACGAGUCCGACCAACCCCUGGGUUCCCCUGAGAAAGACAUUUGGUCCGAAACUUGCCUAAAAGCCGCUGGUGCUGAGAUCAGGUCAAAUCAGAAGAAUGUGCGCCUUGGAUUCGUGCCUGUCUCAUCCCCCCUGGCAAAGCGCUUGGCUCUGUCUGUCCUGUCAAUACGUGCAGCUGCUCUACCUGGACUUUCUUCCGGUGUGUGUGCACGUCUGGCAGGAAACUGGGUUUUGGUCCUGCAGUUUCGGAAGUGUUGGUCCUCUGUGAUUGACGGUCUCUUUCAGCUUGCGUCCAGGUGCCUCAGUGACCCUCAGCAGAUGUUCUGUCUUUCCAGGUCAGUUGCUCAAGAACUUAUCAUGCUUGCCGCCGUUGCCCCCCUGAUCACCAGCAACAUAGCCGUUGAUUACCUUGGAUCAAUCUUUGCGACUGAUGCCUCCAAUCGGAAGGGUGCAAUUGUGCGAGCUGAAAUCCCGCAGGAUACCCAAGAGGCGCUGUGGUUGGACGCUGACCGAAAAGGAUGCUAUACACAGCUUGAUCACCCUUUCCGAGCCCUGCUGCGUCAGAUCGGUGAGUUCGACGCAGAUGAAAGCCUCACUUCUGAUGUCUAUCAUGAGGGCCCCGUGAAGUCUCCUUUGCUGUACUUUGACUUUGUGGAGAUUUGCGGAGGAGCUGGAAAGGUUGCGGCUGCCUUGGCUGAUAUGGGUUUUGUCUGUGCCCCCAAUCUUGACCUUUCAGAAUCAUGUCAUUACGAUUUGACUUCGUUGCGGUUUCUGGAAUGGAUCAUCUACAUGAUUGAGGAGAACAGGUUUAAGGCAUUCCUCAUUGAACCACCUUGCACCAGCUUCAGCCCUGCUGCUCACCCUGCCGUCAGGUCCUACCGUGAGCCUCUUGGAUUUGAUCGGCUCAACCCAAAGACUUUGCAUGGGAAUGUCUUGGCUUUCCGGUCGUUGGUUCUCUUGCGUGUUGGUCGUCGGCACCGUCGCCCUUGUGGACUUGAACAGAGCCGAUUGAGCAAGAUGGCCUGGCUUAGCACUUGGAUCAGCCUUCGCAGUCAAGGGUUCAGUGAAGCUGUGAUUGCAUCUUGCCGGUUUCAGUCGAUACAUCGGAAGGAGUUCAGGUUCCUGUGCUACUUGCUGGACACGGAGUUCCUUGACUGCAGAUGCUUGGGAGGUCACUCGCAUGUCAAGGUUGAAGGAGCAUACACAAAACCUUCAGCCGUUUACACUGAUGCAUUGGCCUUGCAUAUAGCCUCCGCCUUCCGACAAGCCCUGCGCCGCUUGACCGCAGAAGACCUUCUCAUGCCAGAUGUCAGCGGCCAUGAAACAGUUCUUUCGAAUGACCUGAUGCUGUCGUCCAAGUGGGAAGUCGUCCGGGCCUGGUUUUGGAAACGUCAGGGGCACAUCAAUGUCUUGGAAUUGUCCUCAUCCGUCUCCAAUCUUGUCUCUGUUAGUGAGUCCCAGUCGUCCGUGCGGUUUUGCAGCCUUGUGGACUCAGCUGUUUGCAAAGGUGCCCUCAGCAAAGGAAGGUCCUCCUCUAGGGCUCUUCAACCUCUGUUGAAGCGCUCCUGUGCUGUCUGUGUUGCCCGUGACCUUUACCCGGGUUGGAUCUACACUCCCACUCGCCUCAACUGCGCUGAUGACCCAACCCGUGACCAGAUCCUCAGGUCUCCUCUUGGUCAUUCUUUGUCAAGAUCUGGAGUUCCCCUUGGCUUUCUGCGCCUUCUCAACCUGUCCGGUUUUCGCCGCUUUGCUUCAAAUUGGGUUCGACUUGUCCUGUUCUUGAUUUUCUCGCCUGUCGGAGAUGCUGAUCUCAUCCGUGAUCAACCCUGUGUGCUGGAUUCUGCUUGGACUUACCGUACGACUGAUCCCUGCGUGCCUGUCUCCUCUGUCUCUUCUGGCCCGUGGAUUUCUUGGCACAGCACUCUCUGGACUUUCCCGAGUGCCUCUUUGUCCGUUUGGUGGGUUCUCCUGGCGGUCUGCCUGACCCUGGUCUUCUGUGUUGUUUGCGGGCCUGGGUGGGUUGGGUGCAAUAGGGAUCCCCCAAAUAAGGUAGGAGCUAGCAAGAUCCCCCACAGGUUUUUGAUGCGGUGCCUCCUUGCCAUGGCCUUGUGCUGGUCUCCGGGAUUCUGCAUGCCGUUGGCCCCGACAUCAGCAGCUGACAAGGCACGAGCGGUGACCCGCGCUGGUAACCAUUUGGUCUGCACGAGGGCCGUGCGACAACAGACGAUUGAGAAGCGCAAGGUUUAUCUGGACGGUUUUCGAUCUUGGCUGAUCAGGGAGAAAGGGGUUUCGUUCAAGCAGCUGAUUGAGUUGAAGCCGCCCGACCCCGAGCGCAUCACUGAUUUGCUCAUCGACUACGGCCGUGAGCUCUAUGCAGCAGGUCGUGCGUACGGAAUCUUCGCGGAGACGAUCAACGCUGUAGCUGUCGAGCGGCCACUGAUCCGCAGGCAACUUACAGCGGCUUGGGACCUUGCCUUCGUGUGGUUGUCGGACGAGCCCCACCAGCAUCAUCCGGCGAUGCCCAUCAGUGUCAUGCUGGCCAUGGUAUCUGUCGCACUAUGCUGGGGUUGGGCACACGAAGCUGCGGUGAUUUUGCUGGGCUGGGCCGGCAUACUCCGAAUCGGCGAAGUUUUGGCUGCAACAAGGCAGGAGCUAAUCCUGCCUCAGGAUGCCGCACCUGGCACCACCUUCAUUUUACUGAUCAUCAGACAACCGAAGACACGGGGCAGAGCGGCCCGGCAUCAAGCAGCUAGGAUUGAUCAGACAGAUGUCAUUUCAUUUCUGACUGCGCUGUAUGGAUGCAGCGAGCCUUCAUCACGACUCUGGCCUUUUUCGGCCGCUACACUGAGGAAGCGAUUUGGCUUGCUGCUCGGAGCUCUCAACCUCCCCACCAAGAAGCUCCCCGGGACAGUUCCAUAUGACCUUGGAAGUUUACGACCAGGUGGAGCAACUUGGAUGCUGCACAGGCUUGAGAACCCGGACAUCCUGCGCAGGAGAGGACGAUGGGCUUCAUGGCGCACAAUGGAUAUCUAUGUUCAAGAAGUACAGGUUGCGACCUAUGCUGAGAAACUGGAGCCAAAAACGCGGGACUUAAUUCAACUUUAUGCAGGUGGCUAUGAAAUCCUGAUCGAGCGCUGUACGGCUUUUCUCAACACAGGAAUUCCAGCCACAGUUUGGUUUUUCCUUUUGAAAGCUGCAGGUGAUCUUGAGCAGAACGCCGAAAGGAAUGGGGAUGACGGCAAGAAAGACAAGAAGGAGAAGAAAGCUCGGGACGGAGACAGAGAUGAUCGGUCACGCAAGCAGUCGAAGCGCUCUCGUAGCCGGGACUUGGAGGACGCCCCCGAGCCGACCAAGGCAGAGACGGGCCCUGAGGCAGUGCUAGGCCGAAAGGACAGCAACCUGGCUGCCGAGAAGACAAAGGCUGCGUGGCGCGAGGAGAUGGAAAAGGUGCCUGGAGCAGAGAGCGAUGGGGAAGCGCCUGAUGGCAUGGCGAUGGAGGAUGACGAGGAUGCAGACCGAAAGGUUCAAGAAAGUCGUGCACGGCGGGAGGCUCUCAUGGCAAAGUGGGUGAACCGUGGAGAACGCAAUGGGAUGGAAAACACGGACACACAGAUGGAGCCGGAGGAAGACCUCACCGAAGAUAAGAGCCCAGAUCAGGAACCUCCUGAAGCGCCUCGGGAUGAAGAGAUGGAUGAGGGGGAACUCCAGUUGAAGAAGGACCUUCAGCGCUUCAUCCUGCAGCAUAAGGCGGAGCAGGACAAUAUGUUCGACGAGACCGCUGAUGAGGAUGCCAUCCGCCAAGCUGCCAGUGGGCAAGCGAAUGCCGCUGCCAUUCGCCAGACGGGAGCCUCUGCGGAUGACUGGGAUGACACGGAGGGGUACUACAAGGCGAAGAUCGGCGAGGUCAUGGGCGAGAGAUACGAAGUCACAGAGGAUUUCGUUGGAAAAGGCGUCUUCUCCAAUGUCUGCAAGGCCAAGGAUAAGAUUGAUGGUGGAAUGGUCGCCAUCAAAGUCAUGCGCGCAAACGAUAUGAUGAAGAAGGCGGCCGAGAAAGAGGUUGAAAUCCUCGAGAGAGUGAAUAAAGCUGACAAGCAGAAUAAAAGGCAUGUAAUUCGAUUACAUCGACACUUCAUGUACCGUGGGCAUUUGUGCCUGGUCUUCGAGUGCAUGUGGGAUAACCUCAGAGUAGCCCUCAAGAAGUACACGAAAGACAAAGGCAUGUCUUUGCAAGCAGUUCGAGCGUAUACGCGGCAGCUGCUCAUUGCCCUGCGACAUUUGCACAAGUGUGGAAUUAUCCACGCUGACAUCAAGCCGGACAACAUUUUGAUCAGUGCUGGCCACAAUGUUGUGAAGAUCUGCGAUUUGGGGAGUGCGAUGGAGCUCACUGAGGUGGAACCCACCCCCUACCUGGUGUCCCGCUUUUACCGGGCCCCAGAGAUUGUCUUGGCAGCAAAGUACUCUUACCCACUGGAUGUUUUUGCCAUGGGAUGUACGCUCUUCGAGCUCUUCACCGGGAAGAUCCUCUUCCCUGGGAAGACCAACAACGACAUGUUGCGUCUCUUCAUGGAGGUCAAGGGCAAACUACCCAACAAGCUGAUCAAGAGCGGCACAGUGUGGAAGAAUCACUUUGACGAGAACAUGGACUUCAAGUUUUUUGAUGUGAACAAGGCCACCAGGAAGAAGAUCACGCGGAUCGUCACUGACUGGUCCAAGCCUCGCACAAUCAACGACAUGGUGCUGAACCGCGUCGGGGCCGACAAGCAAAAGUCCACCGAAGCAGACGAUCAGCUCUAUGUCAAGAAGGCAAAACAGUUUGCAGACAUCGUGGACAAAAUGACCACUAUGGAUCCUGAUCGAAGAACGUCAGCAAACGAUGGCUUGUCCCACGCCUUCGUGGCGGAAGCUGGGCCAGGCUCGAAACCCACACCCAAGGUUGGGGGGCGCGGGGUGCGUGACACCCGGGCAGCGGUGUUCCCGGGGAAAAGGGGCCCGGUGGGGCCCACGCUUGAGGCUGACGCCAAACGUCAAAAGACCGAGGAAGGCUUCGUGGCACGACCAGCGCAGGAGGGAGAGGAAGUCAAGCAGGAAGUGAAAGAAGAGAAGGUUGAAGUGAAAGAGGAGGUGAAGCAAGAAGUGAAAGAGGAGAUCAAACAGGAAUCUCAGGCGACACCUCAAGAGCCGCAAGAGAAGGAACAGGACGCGGCUCCCUUGACGGCGCCGCCUCUGAAAGAGAAGGUGCUCUUUGACACAACGGAUUGCAUGCUGAAUGUGGUGCCCUCGUUGGGUGGGAAGGUCCUGAUGCCUUUGACGGAGGGCGGUUUGCAAUACCUAAUGGCAGGUGCACGUUGCAACGUCGGCAUCAAAACAGGCCGAUACUUCUACGAAGUAAAGGUGAUCGAGACGCUGAACCCCUCCGAAGGGCUGCAACGCUCAAACCGGACGCCCAUGCCUCGGCAGCUCUUGAAGUUGGGCUUCUCUACCUUGGACUGGGCGCUGGGGUGA